GUUGCCGAUGACAGUUAUGAAAUUUCCCAACCCUACCCAUACAAAAUCCGCAACAAGGAGACAGGCAAGGUUCUUACCCCAGUCCUCAACAACUUGGGACACUUGAACCUUAACCUUCGGAAUCGCGGUUCAAUCUCCAUGGGCAAGCUUGUCGCAAUUCAAUGGGUUCCAAAUCCAGGCAAGAAGACGAAGGUCAGACACAUUGACGGUGACAAGCUCAACAACCGUAAGGAGAACCUCGAGUGGUUCUAA